GCCUUCGCUUUCGUUUCCUGGCGGAGCGCGGCGGGCGCGCGGGCCAGCAUGUCGGACCCGGCGGUGUCGGGCUUCCUGGCCAAGCUGCUGUGCGCGCACGGGGGCCGCCUGGAGCGAGCGGCGCUGGGGCAGCAGCUGGCGCUCCCCGAGGAGCAGCUGCGCCAGAUCCUGGAGGAGGCGGGCCAGGAGAGGUUUCUGGUGCGCGCGGAGGGAGCCGCCACUUGGGUGCUGGCCGUCUCCCCGCUGCGCCUCUGCGUGCGCAAGGAGUGUCCCGGCUGCCCGCAGCUCCACCUCUGCAAGCUCAACCUCAAGGGCCGCUGCCGAGCCAGGUGAGGGGUCUCCAGCAUCUCCACCAGGGCGUCGGAGAAAGUUCUCUUGGGUGGGGAGACCACGGUCAUGCGCCAGACCCGGGGCAGGGAAGGGGGCCCUUGAGAUGGGAUAGUGGAGGGAGCAGCCUGGCAGGCGGAGGCCCAGGACUUACAUCCUAGGAGCCCACACAACACAAAACGCUGUUGCUGGAUGGAGGCUUUAUUUUCUUUUUAAUCUUAUUUUUGGAAAUGUACAUCCAGGCCCCCCCAUAAGUUCUUUGGGGGGCCCCAAGAGAGUGGAACCCUAAGCUAUAGCUUGUUUAGCAUAUGCAUAAAUCCGGCCCUGGCCAUACCAGAUGCCUGAUGGGUCUCUUGCUUUAUUUAAAACGCUUAUUGUCUUAACACUAAAUAAAGGUGGUUUGGGGUAGGACUUGGGAGGCCAGAUCCCCACCCAGCUGGGCGGCUCAGCCUCACAUGGUGUUGUUAUUAAAAUUUAUAUGCCCUCCCUUCAGCCAACGGUCACAAGGCGGUGAGGAGGAGGCAAAGGACCAAGCGCAUCAUCUGAAACUCCUUGGAGGAAAAGGUGGGGGGAUGGGCGUAGCGGGGGGGGGCGCAGGGGGACAGAAUCAAAUCUGAGGUUCCGCCUGCCUAACAAAAGCCCCCCCCCAACAAAAAUCCUGGCUAUGCCCCUGGUGGAAUGUAAAUGCAAUAAAUGAUUAAAUCCAAGUGCUUUGGAUUCCACUGUUACGAAGAGUUAAUCCUGUACUUAAAUCUCAGAAAGUUAAAAGUGCUUAACUCCCCCCCCCAUGGUGUUCUCCUUUCUAACCAUUUAUGUUUCUUUAAAAUAUUAAAUAUCUUCUGUAGAUAAUGAGAGCCAACAGUGCUAUAAUGAUGAGAUCAAGCCACCCACAAGUUAAGGGAUUUUAGCAUCUUACUGAAAUCCAAGGGAUUUGAAAGUGCUUCCAGUAAAUGCCUUUCUGGAACUAGAUUAAAAUGGGGGUCAAAUGCUCUUGACAAUAGUUGAGAGUUGCAACUUGUAAUGUUUAUCCAUACCCACUCAGAAACAAUCCUCUAUCCUGAAAAAUAAUGCCAUGCCGUGGUCACUAAUCAGUUGUGCGGUACAGUAUAAGGUGCUUUAUAAAUCAAGUGUUUGGGCUAUUUAGUUUAGCCCUGAGGGUGGAAGAUGCCGACUAGGCAAAAUAAGAUUGCAUGCACACAUUACAUUUAAAGUACUGUGUUUAUGUGAAGCUAAUGGGCCAUCGAAUCUAAUGCACACCUCAAAUUUCAAAACCUUGAAACCAAAAAAGUAUUUGCUGGCGCCAUCAAAUCUAAAGUGCACCCUAAUUUUCAUGACAUAAUUUGGCCAAAAACGGUGCGCAUUAAAUUCAAGUAAAUAUGGUAUCCAGGGAACUCAGAGCUACAAUUCCCAACACCCAUAGCAACCAUAAUUCCCAGGAUUCUUUGUGUGGGAGGCAGGUGCUUUUAAGGUCUAGUGUGGUUGGAAAUGUGUCUUAAAUUGUAAAAUCAAGCCUGUUGGAGCUGGACAUGUACAGUGGUACCUUGGGUUACAGACGCUUCAGGUUACAGACUCCGCUAACCCAGAAAUAGUACCUCGGGUUAAGAACUUUGCUUCAGGAUGAGAACAGAAAUUGUGUGGCGGCAGCAGGAGGCCCCAUUAUCUAAAGUGGUGCUUCAGGUUAAGAACAGUUUCAGGUUAAGAACGGACCUCCAGAACGAAUUAAGUACUUAACCCGAGGUACCACUGUACUCUGCUUUGGCACUCCUGCAUAUAAUACUCGACCCUUCAUUUAACAUUCAAAAUAGUUGAUAAUUAUGCUUAUAGGUCUGAUGAUUCAUCAUUUGUGAAUCCUGCUGCCCCCAAGUCACAUGAGAACUGAAACUGAAGGCAAACAGAACUAACAGGAAGGAACAGAAGGGCAGAGUAUACAGAUGUUUUGUUGCUAGGGAGCUGCUGCGUUUGGCUUAAGUUUCGAUUCUCGUGUGAGCUGGGCUGGGAAAGGUGGAGCCUAAUCUGUGCUGGAAACUAAACAAGCCUUUUAAGUACAAAGGAAGGCAGAUCAGAGAAGGAACAUGUCCGACGCCGUUGUGUGCAGUUUCAUCACAAAGAUCCUUUGCUCUAAAGGAGGGGGCUUGGGCUUCCGUGAGCUCCCCUCCCUCUCGGGGCUGCCUGAGCACCAGCUAGAGGAGAUCCUGCAGGAUGCAGGGAAGGAAAAGUUUCUGGUUGUCCCCCGGGACUCCUUGCGCCAGGUGCUGGCGGUGUCCCCGGCGCGGCUCUGCCUGAGGAACAGCUGUGGGGGGUGUGAAAACCUCCAUAUCUGCAAGAACUACAUCAAGGGCAGGUGCUUCAGGCCGGCUUGUGGCAGGUGGUGAGUGUGAAGGAAUGAGAGAAUCUGUUGUUAUGGCACAAUGAUAAACUGAAUAGCAGGGAAAUCAGCAUCUCACAAAGGGAAAGCUUGUGGCUUGGUCUGUCAGUCCCCCUCCUUGCUCACCGCAAACACAAAUGUGCCUAGGCAAACUGAUUUGUGACAAGAAAAUCCUCCAACUUUGAGGAUACACCAAAUUGCUGACUUUUUUUUUACUGAGUGAACUCUGGCUUCUCAGAUUUCAGCAGACAUUGCCUACCAGUGUUUAUCAAACGUGAGUCUCCAGCUGUUGUUUGACUACAACUCCCAUCAUCCCUAGCUAGCAGGACCUGUGAUCAGGAAUAAUGGGUGUAUAGUUCAACAACAGCUGGCAACCCAAUUUUGAGAAACAGUGGCCUGCACACUUCCUUUGAGAGUAUCUAAACGACUAUAAAGUGCUGAACACCUGAGUUUUGUGAGGGUUUUGAGAGAAGAAAUGCAAAGUGAAGUUCUCAAGAGAACUGAAUUCUUUGCCCACUACCACAUUCUAUACUUUUAUGUACACCUGCGGAAUUGCAACAUAUAAGAACCCUGGAUAUGCCACAGUAGAAGUACUACUAGUAAAUUCUAUAUGAAUUGUAUUUAGAUAAUUUUGCCCUGAAGCAGAAAGGGAUGUCCAGUCCUUCGGCACCAGUGUCAGAUUUUCCCCCCUUUUUCUUUCUUUUUAUUUGAAAACAAUUAAUUUUAUACAGUCUUAACAUCAGAAGGUUUUACAAUGAUAAUAACCCAAAUACAGUCAAGAGCAUAUCUCAUAUGUUUUCAGUAAGUAAUGGGUAUGGGGGGCGGGGGGAGGAAUUGGGGUGCAUCUGGAAAACUGUUAAGGAUGUAUAUGUGAGGUUAAAAUGAUGGAGUCUAAAGAAGGAGAAUAAUAUUAAUGAAGAGCAAAACAAAGGAUUAUUUGAAGUAUUUGGUACUACUGAAAACAGUGUCAGAUUUUCUAGUGUCAGCAUUGCAUGGGAUUCCAAAUACAGUUUCAAAUUCCUGUGUGCUUCCAGCAACAGAAGUUUAGCUGUCUGGGUGACUACUAGGUAACAACUGUUUUUUCCCCACUUGUAUUUUUUCAUGAGUGCAACUCAAAGGCACAAACUACACAAGCCCUUGUAGUCAGUGUUAAUGAAUUUUUCCUCAUUUUUUCUGAGGUGAAGAUUUUGUGUGACUCAUAAUAUUGUUGGUCCAGGGUUGAUUUGCUUUGUACAAAAGCCUUUUCAAUUUUUUUUACCUAUAUAACCAGUCCUGCAAGGAAGAUUUCAUGAGUCUCCCUCUGCUGAUCCGUCCAAGCAAUGUUAUACAUUCUAUUGUCCUAAAGAAGCACUGGGAAAUCCUCCCCACUUCCUUAAUUUAAGACUAGAAUGAGAAAAACACAACAUAGCCUGAGGGGUUGAAAGACAAAGCAGAGAGAUCAUGCAGUUAAACCAUGGCUGGCUGGUGAACCUGUGACCCAGAUGUUGUUGGACUCCAGUCCCAUCAGCCCCAGCAAGCAUGGUCAAUAGUCAGGGAUGGUGGGAACUGGAGUCUAACAACAUUCUGUAAAAGCACAGGCUUCCCAUACCUGAUCUAAACAGUCAGGUUGUAGCAAUUCUAUAACAAGUGGUCCCUUGAUACAGUGUGAAGAAGGUGGUUUUUUAAAGUCUUGAGCUGUUUGCUUGUGCUUUUAAAUACCAUCGUCACUAAUCUCUUGUGUUGUUCUUGUAAAGUAUCCUGUCAGUCAGACUUUGACCUCGGUUCCUCAGAAUAAACACUGAGCAGAAUUUGUUUCUAGGAGCAAAAAUUCAGCUCCUGAAUUGUUUGGGCCUUGAAUCAGAUUCCAAAAGGAGAACCAAGAGUAGACUCAAUGGAUUGGAAUCUGCCAGAACUAAUGCAUUAGGUGCAGACACUGAAAUGGUACCUUAAGCUGAAAUCUCACAGCAUGAGAAUUGGGUGGAAGGUAUUCAGUGCGAUUACUAAUUUACCAGCCUUAUCAGUGUGGCGACUGAUGUGUGUAUCUAGGAGGAGGAUUUGCAUGUUGGAGCAACCUUGUGCAGUUCUGUGCAGUGCUGACCACACAGUGGUGGAGAGCAGGCUCUUCCCUCCCCACAGCAAUAGACCCCCAGGCAGUGCUUUGCCUUCAGCUGCAAGAGUGAGUGGCAACUAUUCUCAUAAACGAGGCACUCAAGGAGAAGGUUGUGGCACAAGCUAAGCAUUCUCUCUGCCAUUAUUGAUGUUUGCCAUGCUGAGGAUCUUCAAAUGUUUUACGUCACCUUGGCAUUUUGUUUCUUGGUCACUUUAAAGUAGGGAAUCUAUGGCCUUUAAGAUGCCUUUUUCCACAACUCCCAUCGUUCCUGACUAUUGGUCAAGCUUCCUGGGGCUGUUGGGAGUCCAAAAAUAUCUACAGGCCAAAAUUUUCCCAUCCUUGGUGUAGAGUAUGCAAGAAUUUGGAAAAUGUGUUCAAUAGAACAGAAUAGAUAAUACAAUUUUUUUAAUAGUACAUUAUUUCAAGGAACUCAGGUUAUUGUACAAGUUCAGGAUUUGUAGCCUACAAAAAGUGAAGGGUCCUUGGAAUAUGUAGGCUCUCACUCCACAUGUGUAUUCCCAGGUAUUUCUGAUACCUUGAUUAUGGUUUUUCUCCUUUUACUUUUAUCCUAGGGCAUGCAAGUAUUCUCAUGAAGUUUUUUCAGAGGCUAACCGAAAAGUCCUGAAGGCUCAUGAACUUUCUGGGCUCAAUGAGAAUGAACUGCGUGUUCUCCUCCUCCAAAAUGAUCAUUUUCUCUGGCCUGAUGUAAGUUAUGAAAAUACUGUAGCAUCACCGAGAUGUUUGUUUGCCCUCGCCUAUAGGUUGCCUUUUUAACUGGUUAAGGUGAGGAAACAGAAUGGAUGAUGACAAGAAAAUUGUAGUAGAGUUUCUGCAUUAUGAAGUUAGAUGAGACAGGGUUAGCGACAUUUGUUUAAUCGCGUUUCUGUCCUACUCAUGUGUCAAGAACCUUCACUACAAAAUAUGUGCAUGUGUAACAUGGUCAAAAUUCAUUGACGCAGGUGACACAUUACUUAUAAGCAUAAGAAGAGCCUUCUAGAUCAGGCCAUCUAGUCCACCAUCCUGUUUUCCCAGCGGCCAAGCAGAUGCUUAUGGGAAACCCGGAAGAAGGACUUCAGCCAAACAGCAUUCUCCUCACUUGCGAUUCUCAGCAUCUGGAGGAAUGCUGCCCCUGACAGGAGAGGCAAAGCAGAGCCAUUGUGGCUCGUGGCUCUUGCUCACCUCAUCCUCCGUGAAUCUGUCUAAUCCUCUCUUAAAGUUAUGCCACUCCCAGGCUUGUUUUUGUUUGUUACCAUGGUGUGUAUUAUUAUAUUAUAGCCACAUUUAUAGCCACAUAACACAUUUAUAGGAGUCUUGGUUGACCACAAACUUGACAUGAGCCAACAGUGUGACGCGGCAGCUAAAAAAGCCAAUGCAAUUCUGGGCUGCAUCAAUAGGAGUAUAGCAUCUAGAUCAAGGGAAGUAAUAGUGCCACUGUAUUCUGCUCUGGUCAGACCUCACCUGGAGUACCGUGUCCAGUUCUGGGCACCACAGUUCAAGAAGGACACUGACAAACUGGAACGUGUCCAGAGGAGGGCAACCAAAAUGGUCAAAGGCCUGGAAACAAUGCCUUAUGAGGAACGGCUAAGGGAGCUGGGCAUGUUUAGCCUGGAGAAGAGGAGGUUAAGGGGUGAUAUGAUAGCCAUGUUCAAAUAUAUAAAAGGAUGUCACAUAGAGGAGGGAGAAAGGUUGUUUUCUGCUGCUCCAGAGAAGCGGACACGGAGCAAUGGAUCCAAACUACAAGAAAGAAGAUUCCACCUAAACAUUAGGAAGAACUUCCUGACAGUAAGAGCUGUUUGACAGUGGAAUUUGCUGCCAAGGAGUGUGGUGGAGUCUCCUUCUUUGGAGGUCUUUAAGCAGAGGCUUGACAACCAUAUGUCAGGAGUGCUCUGAUGGUGUUUCCUGCUUGGCAGGGGGUUGGACUCGAUGGCCCUUGUGGUCUCUUCCAACUCUAUGACUCUAUGAUUCUAUAUUGAAAACCACUGUGCGAUCCUCAGAAGGACAGUGUAGAAAUUUAAAUUUAAAAGUAAGUAAAAGCCUUCCAAGUUGCUGGCCUCACUGCUUCUUGUAGGACCAAAUUCCCCUGUUAACUAUAUCCUUCACUAUCUUUUGUUUGUCCUAAAUCUUCGAACACUCAGAGUUUUGGGGCGUUCAUGAGUUUUAGUGUUAUGAGAGAAGGAGAAAAGCCUCUCUGUCCUCUGUCCAUACCAGGCAACGGUUUAUUCACCUCUGUUGUGUCUCCUCUUUACUCUCCUUUACAAUGAAAAGGCCCAAGUGGAGUCUCUCCAUCUUGUUGAUCAUUUUAAUUGUCCUUUUCUGAAACUUUGCCUGGUUUAUUUUUUGUGACUCAGCAAGAUCAUAACAUUUCUUUCAGGGAAAAAAUCAGAUGGCCCAAAUAUCCAAACAUAGAAUAUUUUGCCAUAAUUUGUGGAAAUAACUAACUAACAGCAUGUUCACAGCAAACAGUAAAAAUCUCCACUGUCUUCAGUGCCCCUUGAAGAGGGUACUCUCUGUAGGCACAUGUAUGCACACACAAGAGAGGGGAAGGCCGAGUCCUCAGCCACAAGGUGUAUUCUCUCCCUCCCGAAUUCUGAAGAGGCCUCCUCUUGCUGCUACUACAGUUUGGGUUUGUAAUCAAAUUGCAGACUAAUAUGCAGUCAGUAUAACCCCUGCCACAUGCCUUCUUCCUUAUGUGGAGUUUCUGUUGCCUGAUUAAUUGCUUGAACACUUUUUCCAUAGGAAGAAGGGAACUCCAAAUGCAAAAUUGGCAUGUUGAAGAGAAGAGUUCAGCUGAUCUGCAAUUAUGCUUGCUGUGUUUUUCAAAUAUCACCCUGUGCUCUCCCUGCUAUAUAUUCUAUAAUAUCACUGGAUGCUACCUACUAGGGCUGGGUAUCAAUAUAUCGCCCCAAACCAGUUUGAAGUUCAUAUCACCAUACUGGUUUCAGAAUUUUCGACCUGACAGUUCAUUGCAAAUCAUGGUGUGUAGGUGUGCUAUGCAAAAACCAUGUCGCGGGAAAAACUGAAGCCAGCCAAUGCCUCUACAUAACUCCAUCCAUACUUCAGUCAUCGUGAUAUAUCAGUAUAGCACAAUGUUACCUGGUAUGGUAUCAUGUAUGUCUGGGUAUAUCGCCCAGGACCGGUAUGAGGAGCAGACCACAGUGUCAGCUUCACUCAGCGGUGUAUUGCUGGUGAAACCACCACUGCUCCUGAGUCCCUUUGCUAGCGACUUGCUCCAGCGAGUGUUGCUAGCAGAGGGUCUCAUGAGAGGUGGCGGUUUCACAAGCAAUAUAUCGCUGAGUGAAACUGCCAUCCCACUCUGCCCUCAUACCAUGCAGAGGGAGAAAAAAGUGCACCGGUGAGGCGCCAAUACAGCUUGUUCCUCCCUCUGCAUCUUUAAUCUGCUCGGCGGCUGAGGAGAGUGUGGUUGCCGCUCCCCUCAGCCGAACAGUUAAGGGCUCACCGAGCCCAGCACUGCCUCCCGCAGAAGUGGGGGGAGCAGCGGGGACGGCUCUGCUGGGGAUACAGAGCCCUCCCCAUCCCUGGCAGAGCCGCAAAAAGGAGCCCCGUUGCUCUCCCCACAAGGAGACUCGGCUGGGGAUCAGGAGCCCUCCCAUGCCCCACCUAAGCCGUACAAACAAGCUGUGUUGUCCCACAGCCCACUAGGCACGGAGGUGAAACAGCCUCAGCUCCUGCGGUGAGGGCUGUGGCAAUUUCACCCAGCGCCUUGCAGGCUGAGGCCAAUGCAGCUUGUUUUUUCAACAUUGUGGCAUAUCGUCAGACCACAAUGUUUGGCUGGCGUUGAAAAGCUGAAAUCGCCCAGCCCUAAUACUGUGAUGCUGACAACCAGAUAUCUCCCGGCCCUACUGUCUACACAUUUUAAAAAUAUUUCUUUGCAAUCAUAAGCAGGAAGUCUUCAGCUUCUGUAUGUGAUACAGCUGCUAAGGAUAUUACCAAAACCGGUGUAUUUGUCCACAUUACAUGCAAUUCAGACCAGUGCAGUAUUAAUUGAAAUUCUUGUGUGUUUCUUACUUUCACUUCCUGUUUCCAGGUAUGCAAUUUCUACAAUAAAGGGGAUGGGAAUUGUGCCCAGCAAGAUAAUUGCACAAAGCUUCACAUUUGCCGGUAUUUCCUGAGAGGGGAAUGUAGGUUUCCUAAGUGCAAGAGGUCUCACAACCUUUUGCAACCAAAUGCUCUGAAGCUGUUGCUCGAAGGGGGAGUGGAUGAUCAAGUGGCCUGGAACAUCCAGACAAUCUGCGAACACAAAACUGCUGUACUGUCCAGAGAACUGGGUCCUCGCAAGGGUGAGUGAUUUAUAGGAAGGGGCUUGUGGGCAUCAUGUACUGCUUGCAUCACUCUGGCGUGUGAAAGGACCUCAUUUCUCCUCAUCAUUUGAAGCCCUUUCCCAUUCUUUUAGGUAAUUUUGCAAGACCUGCAUCAAGUGGAGAAAAAUCAAGUGCAGGAAAUCCGAAAGUAGCCAGACUUGAGCAAGCAUCUAGUAUACCUAAUCUCAUGGACCUCAACCUCGGCCCUGACCAAGGUGAACCAAUUUACUUUCUUAGCAAAGGAUCCAAGUUGAUUGAAUUAGGCCUAAGAUAGAAUAUCUGCAUUCUCAUGGCAAGAUACAGGGAUGAGCUUUAGCCCCAAUAUGCAGUAUGAGUCCCCUUUUAAACUUACAUUGAUCAAUUACCAACUACAUUUUUCAGCAGUUGCCAGAAAUUUGGGUAACGCUGAUGUUUUCAUAGGUAUGUGCCAAUAAACUCAGAUAAUUUGGGGAAUGGCAGAAUAUACAGUGGUACCUCAAUUUUUGAGUGUCUCGGAAGCCAAACGUUUCAGUUUUUGAAUGCCAAAAACCCAGAAGUACAGCCGUACCUCAGAAGUCGAACAGAAUUCAUUCCGGAAGUCUGUUCGACUUCCAAAAUGUUUGGAAACCAAGGUGCAGCUUCUGAUUGGCUGCAGGAAGCUCCUGCAGUCAGUCGGAAUCUACGGAAGCGGCAUUGGACGUUCGGGUUCCAAAGAAUGUUUGCAAACUGGAACACUCACUUCCAGGUUUGUGGCAUUCAGGAGGCAAAACGUUCGAGAUCCAAGGUAUGACUAUAAUGGCUUCCAUUUUCGAAUGCACCUCGGAAGUCAAAUGGUCUUCCAGAACAGAUUACAUUCGAGAACCGAGGUACAGUGGUACCUCGGGUUAAGAACUUAAUUCAUUCUGGAGGUCUGUUCUUAACCUGAAACUGUUUUUAACCUGAAGCACCACUUUAGCCUCCCGCUGCCGCUGCACGAUUUCUGUUCUCAUCCUAAAGCAAAGUUCUUAAUCUGAGGUAAUAUUUCUGUGUUAGCAGAGUCUGUAACCUGAAGCAUAUGUAACCCGAGGUACCACUGUACCACUGUAAUAUAUCCCACAAACAGCGUAGAUUGCAUACACAAACUGCCACAGUAUGUUACAGUGCUGAGUGCUACUGCUCCAAUUUUGUCAUUUUGUCACAGCCAUUGUAAUGGGUUUGGCUGCACAAAUAAAUAAUAUUUGACAGCCAUGUUUUGCUCUACUUUAAUCUUUUCCACCAACCCCAUCCAGCAUUCUAUGAGUCCUCAGUUCUCCCCCGCAUAAUGGUGGUAGUGGUGGGUUCUCAAAGCCUGCCGAUGUGUCCAUGUUACAUGUGGAUGGUACUAUUCUGGACUGGUAAGCGGUUACAUAUGACUACUGCUGCCACCACAUAUUUGGUAUAUAUCUUUCUCUCACACACAAUGAACAACUUCUGUUGCAUGUGAACUGACCCAGACCCUGCAACCUUCCUUGUGUACCUCCUUGGCAAGAGAUCUGGAGGGCAGCAAUAUGAGACGGGCCUCCUUGUGGAAUGCCUGGCCUGGCACCUUCGUUGCAUAUCUUUAGGCGCCAGGCAAAAACACUCCUCUUCUCCUGCCCUUUGGCUAAUUAAACAAUCUAUGGCUUUUCAACUCUCUGUGUGGCGAGGGGUGGGUAUUGUUUUUGUUUGUUAUUAUGGUUUGUAUUUUUGUGUUUUUAUAUUGUAAACUGCUCUGUGAUCUUCGGGUGAAGGGCAGUAUAUAAUAUUAAAAUUUAUUAAUAAUACCAACUUAUAUCAGUUUUAUAACAAUGUAGCUGUUGUUGCCUCUCAAAGAAUUAUUUAAACUAGUUUGAUGCUGAUUUAAUUCUAUUUGGGAUCCCUCACUCACCCAACCCCAACACAGUUCCCGGGGGGGGGGGGAGAAAAAGGUGCCCCUGGUGCCAUGCCCACUUCAGGUAAGAUUGUGGUGGAUCACACUCUGUCAGUCUUAAAAUUAGGAACAAUGCAUUGUGCCUUGUAGCAUAAUUUAGGGUUGAUUCCCUGUACUCCUAAUUUGCAUUAGCCUUAUCCUGAACUGACAGUGUUGCUGGCUGCUCUUUGUCGGUGUUUGGAUUUGGAUUUGAUAUCCCGCUUUAUCACUACCCGAAGGAGUCUCAAAGCGGCUAACAUUCUCCUUUCCCUCCCCCCCCCCACAACAAACACUCUGAGGUGAGUGGGGCUGAGAGACUUCAGAGAAGUGUGUGCCUUUUUCAAAAAAUGAAAUUUUUUAUUCAGAAUUUUUAUAAAAUACAUAUAACAAUAAACUAAGAAAUCCAAACAAGGUAUAGUGGUGAGCAUAGUUGCCUUCCAAAGCAAGGCACAUAUUGAUACCUCUUUGCAUGUUUUAUCACAUGAUUCUUCUUAAGCAAGGUUUACUAAAGAUUGUGUUCCUUUAUUUCUCCCCCUGUCCAUCUUUUACAGGUGUCAAAGCCACUCCUUACACUAAACCACCUCAGAACGCAGAGAAGGAGAAAAGUGAUGAGAUAUGUCUUUUCUAUGUCUGGCGGUUCUGCAAAAAUAAAAGUAAGUCCCAACAGACAAGUCCAAGGCCAGGUUUCCAUUUAGGCCUUCCCCAGGAGUAAUAAUGCUUUAAUUUGCUUUGCCAACUUUGCUUACAUUGCUUCCACCUGCCCCAUUUGCCCACUCAAGAAAUGGCCUUGGGUGCAGCAACAGGAUCCAGUGUAUCAGAACGAGGGGUGAGGGUGUCAAAGAAACUGGAAUGCUGGGACGGAGAGGGGGGCUGGAGCUCUCUGCUCCCCCAACCAUCACAUUUGAUAGUCAUAUUAUUUGUCUGAUGAAAGGAUAUGCCAGGUAUUGAUUUGUAAAUGUUGUUGGCAUCUGUCUGCCUCAAGGCUCAAUGGAGUGUGUGCCGGGGGGGGGGGGGGUUAAGUCACACUGCUGUGUUACACUCCUGGGGUGUAAGCCUGGGCUGCCCACCCUAUUUUUUAUUUUUAUCUUAAUUGAGUAGUGAUGCUGCCAUUGAACGAGUGACCGGGUACUGUUACGGGCUAUUCAGUGGAAGCUUAACCUGAGCAAGACCUAACUGCUGAUGGCAGGCUGCCUUAGGAAUGAGGAGUCCGUGUUUUUGCUUGUCAUGGAUGAGAUCAGCCUCCUGAAGCAGCUGCUUCCUGGCCCUGUCUUGCUGCCUGAUCUUCACUGGCAGCGGGGACUAGGAGCACCUCUUUACCAGCUCUGGUUGUAGUGCAUCUUCUCAGAUAAGAAUCUGUCUAACUACCAUCCUUGGAAUCCUCCGGCUAGAUUACUGUGAUCAGUGUGAGAUGGAAGGCACGUAUAGCCCUAGGUUUAAGUCACUUGUUUGCUUUUGAGUCUUGACUCAAGUCUUGCUUCCAGUUCAGGACAAUGGUGCCUUGUCAUUCAGACCAUGAAUGUUCUUUGACUCUGCUCUGAUACUCUGCCCUGUUCCCUGAGAAAGGGGGUGAGAGGCUCUGCUUGAUGUUCUGUUAUUUACUCAAAUAAAACGGUACGAGUUUCUAUAUAGUGGCAUCCACACUGUGGCAUUUCCUACAAAAAUAAACAAGGGUUGGAUCUGUGUCCAGACCUUCUGCUCUGCAUCAGUUCACGUGCUCAUUUGUAAGUCUGCUGUCCUGUUUCCACAUCAAUGUCAAAAUGUCAAUGUCAAAAAUAAGAAGACAUAUAAAUUCACUUUUUUUACAAAAUAUAUUUUGUAUACAUUUACUAAAAAAUAAAUGUAUAUGCAUCUUAACCUAUAAUACACAUUUUGAUACUUUUUUCAUAAUACAUUACAAUCAAAAAUGGUUUGUUUAUGCUAAACAAAAGCAUUAAAAAGAAAGUGAAAAUACAAUGUCCUCUUUUGCAUAUAAAUCUUAACUUGUCCCCCACAGAGAAAGGUGAACCCUCCCAGCUCUCGCCUGGGAACGUCCCUUGCUUCUCCCAUCCUCCCCCCCAGGGAGAGCUUCUCUUCUCUGCUUCUGCCACAGGUCCUUCAUCAACUUUCCAUCUCCUUCAUUUGUGUGUGCCGCGUCUUGUGAUCGAUUAUGUGGGGUGGGGCGUACUUGGAUAAAAUACCCAGUAUUUUAUUCAAUUUGUCACCCGUGCUCUUGGGUAUACAUUUGCUGAUUCUGCUUCUUUGCUCAUAUGUUUGUGUUUUCUCUUUUUAGCAUAAUUUGGCUUUUUAUGGCUUUUAAUAGCAGCUGUGUUAGCCACUUUCAGCAUUUUGUUAAGGAAGAUUUAAAACAUACAAUGUUUUACAGACAUGCAGAAGUUGGACUCUGAUUAGUUUUGUUUUAUCACCUUGCAUAUCAGUUGAAGCAACCAGUGACUCACUUUUGCUUGUUCUCUUUGCAGCUAACUGUAACAUGAUUCAUUACGAUAUGCCUUAUCGAUGGCAGGUACAGACUGCAAAUGGUUGGAAGGAUUUGCCCCGAAGAGAGGAAAUAGAAAAAGCUUAUUCUGACCCAAGUAUUACCAGGUAUAAAGCUGGUCUUGGUAUUCCACAGAUAUGUGCAGACCUCUGCCAGUCAGCUGGUCCCACAGACAUGCUUAAGCUGAGUGGGCAGUUGCUACAAUGGAGGAGGAGUGGUGGGAGGGCUUGCCUGGAAACACUCCCUGCCCACCCCCAAAAGGGGGGGGGAUGAAGGGGAAAAGAGUCUCUCGCUGAGGGCGAGUGGCUUGGAAGGAAGCUAUCUACAGGGAGGGGGGGGCAGUAUUUGAUCCCCUGCUAAAUUUGCCCAUUUGCCCUCUGACGAAGAAAUGACCAGUCCAUAAUUUUAGUGAUAGGUUUAUUGUUGCUGUGAGAGACAGAAUAACAACAGGAAAACUCCCAGAAAUCCAGAAGACAAAAGUCAGAGAUUGAUGUGCAUUAUAAUGAGUGAAAUAAGUAUUUGAUCCCUUUGCAAAAGAUGACUUAGUACUUGAUGGCAAAACCCUUGUUGGCAAUUACAGAGGUCAGACGUUUCUUUUCUUUUUUAAAAAUAAUUUUUAUUAAGUUUCCAUAUUACCAAAUUAAACACAUCAAACCAAUUAAUCCAAAUUAUAACAAUACACAUCAUAUAAUCCAAUUGUUUUCCAAAUUAUAAUUUUUUGUGGGGUGUACCCAUGCUUCUUGAUCGGCAGGAGUCCGGUCCUCCAAUAUUUCUGCUGCUUUCAUAUUUACAGUCCCCUCUUCUCAAUCCUUGUCGUUACUCAUUUUCCUUUUCAUUCACCUCCGAAUUACUCUGCAAGUGGGUUGAAAAAAACAGUCGUAUUUGUGUUACUGUGUGGGCUUUGUACUGCUCUCUCGUAAAUCACUCUCAUCCAAUAAUCCAGGCAUUUCCGCUUGAGCAAGCAAUCGCCAUCUUGCCAUUCCAAUGAAAUACAGUCUAAAAGCCCGCUUGUUAACUUUCCCGACCUGUUGCAUCGUAAAUUAGUCUUUUCCAGGAGGGCUGCCCCUUCCAGUUCACAAUCCCAUCCAGAUAACAAAUCUUCGGCUCGUCCUCCCCAAGACCAAACCCCCUGCAACAAAGGUCUGUCCUUCCAUAUCAUAUCUCAAUUCUUGCUGCGUCACAAAGAGAGCCUUUCUUCUUUCCAAAUCCUUGACAGAGUAAAACCUUUAAAUUCAUAUUAUUCCCACACAGUUCAUUUUUAAUCCCAUUUGCCAAUUAGUUGUUGCGACGGAUCUUCUGAGGGGGAGGGUUGUUAGGUAAUCACAUGAAACAAAAAAUAAAAAGUCAUUCCCCCCCCUUUCCUUUCCGUUCCGUUCCAUUCCACAUACCAGCAUGUCUGUAGUACUUUGAUGUAAUCUUCCGUCUCAAUCUUCUUCAUCUCGGUGGUAAAAUUAUUAGCAGAUAAAAACCUCCUGCCUCUCUCGAAGCAUGUGAGUUAACUUUCUCCAAAUUUUUUCCUUUUAAGUAACGCAACUAGUUUCGCUCCUGGAAGCAGCUUCGGAGGAGUUCCGAGACCCGCUGAGGGUUAUGCACCCAGUGCCUCUCAUCCCCUCCUUCUUCCAAACUCGGGGGUGAUUUAUGGCAACCGCGGGUGAAAACUGCAUCUUUCCCUUCCCUGGAAAGAUGAGGGAGACUGAUUUACUCCCCAUAAUUAGUCUCUAAUUACCUCGUGCGAGCUGGAUAGAUGUUAUUAUCCGCCAUCUUCCAAGGCGCCCCUAGCGGCCCCCGAGGUCAGACGUUUCUUGUAGGUGGCCACCAGGUUUUCACACAUCUCAGGAGGUAUUUUGUCCCAUUCCUCUUUGCAGAUCAUCUCCAAGUCAGUAAGAUUUCGCGGCUGAUGUGUAGCUACUUGAACCUUCAGCUCCUUCCACAGAUUUUCAAUGGGAUUUAGGUCUGGAGACUGGCUAGGCCACUCCAGGACCUUAAUGUGUUUCUUCUUGAGCCACUCCUUUGUUGCCUUGGCUGUGUGUUUUGGGUCACUGUCAUGCUGGAAUACCCAUCCUCGACCCAUUUUCAAUGCCCUGGCUGAGGGAAGGAAGUGCUCACCCAAGAUUUGAUGAUACAUGGUCCUGUCCAUCGUCCCUUUGAUGCGGUGAAGGUGCCCUGUCCCCUUAGCAGAAAAACACCCCAAAGCGUAAUAUGUCCCCUUCCAUGUUUGAUGGAGUUCUCUCCAUGUUUGAUGAUGGUGUUCUUGGGGUCGGGGCAGCAUUCCUCCUCCUCCAAACACGGAGAGUUGAGUUGAUGACAAAGAGCUCGAUUUUGGUCUCAUCUGACCGCAACACUUUCACCCAGUUCUCCUCUGGGUCGUUCAGAUGUGCAAUGGCAAACUGCAGACGGGCCUGUACAUGUGCUGUCUUGAGCAAGGGGACCUUGCGGGCUCUGCAAGAUCUCAGUCCUUCGUGGCAUAGUGUGUUACCAGCUGUUUUCAUGGUGAAUAUGGUCCCAGCUGCCCUGAGAUCAUUGACAAGUUCCCCCCGUGUAGUUCUGGGCUGCUUCAUCACCUUUCUCUUGAUCAUUGCAACUCCACGAGAUGAGAUCUUGCAUGGAGCCCCAGACCAAGGUAGGUUGACAGUUAUUUUGUGUUUCUUCCAUUUGUGAAUUAUUGCACCACAUUCUCACCAAGCUGCUUGGCAAUAGUCUUGUAGCCCAGUCCAGCCUUGUGCAGUCUUGUCUCUGACAUCCUUGGACAGCUCUUUGGUCUUGGUCAUGAUGGCUACUUUGGAAUCUGCUGGAUUGAUUGCUUCUGUCGACAGGUGUGUUUUGUACAGGUACUAUAACGAGCUGGGGUUACAGCUAAGACCUCUCCCUUACAGCAGGUGCUUCUAAUCUCGGCUCUUUACAUACAGUGAAGAUACCAGGUAGCCUGACAUCUGGCUGGUUGAUAGGGGUUCAAAUACUUAUUUCACUCACUAUAAUGCACAUCAAUCUCUGACUUUUGUCGUCUGGGUUUCUGGGGGUUUUCCUGUUGUUAUUCUGUCUCUCAGCUACAAUAAACCUACCAUUAAAAUUAUGGACUCUUUCCCCUCCUCAGUUCAUGAACAGAUGGAAUGAAGCCUUGGGGAAAUGUUCGUUAUUUCUUGCUUGAUAAAACAUGUUGGGAGGGUGUGACCAAGAGUGGAAAAUGUGAGCGCUGACUACUAUGUACAGGUUGAGCCCCCGUUAAGAAUCCUGGUGUAGGAGAAUAAGAGGAAGCAUCCUCUGUAGUGUCAUUGCACGAGGCUGCAGAGCUUGUAGGAGAGAAUCUGGUUAUUUUGAGAAAAGGCACUUUUUGCUUUAAGAAACCACAGGGGUCCAGUGACAGGGCAAAGUUGGAAGACCAGCUACUUGCCUUGGGGUACAUUGUUACAGUAUGUGCUAUGAACCCGCAUACCAUAUUUUUUGCUCUAUAAGACGUACCAGACCACAAGACGCACCUAGUUUUUGGAGGAGGAACACAAGAGAAAAAAAAUUCUGGAUCUCAGAAGCCAGAACAGCAAGAGGGAUCGCUGCGCAGUGAAAGCAACAAUCCCUCUUGCUGUUUUGGCUUCUGGGAUAGCUGCGCAGCCUGCAUUCGCUCCAUAAGACGCACACACACAUUUCCCCUUACUUUUCAGGAGGGAAAAAGUGAGGCUUAUAGAGCAAAAAAUACGGUACUACAAAGAAGUUUAGGAACUUUUGCUGGAAUUGCGACGUGUUUGUUAUGAAUAUGUGUUAACCCAUAACCUUAAUGCCCACAAGAACAUAUCACACCAAAGGAAUAAAGAAAGCUUGAUUUAUUAUAUGAAAUAGCAGUGACAGAAUAUAUAAAAUUACAAUUUAAGCAGGCAGCAACUCCUACAAUACAUGCCCACCCAGCCCUUGUUAUGAAAAGUGAAAGAUUAUUUUAAAAAGCCUACAGAAACGUAGGUGUGACGGUUUUGCUAGCAGGACCCAUACUAAGAGCAAGAAAUGGAAAGGGAAGAAUAUACCUAUCCUUAAGGCAGAGUGGGUGUGUGCUGUUCUUGAGAGUACUGAGAAGAAGAGAGUUCUUUUCUUUGGAGCUGGAAUAGGAGCUAAAAUAGCUACUGGCUACAGGAAAGUUUUAGUAAUAUUUUUAGCUGCCUUUUAAUAGGGAAGGGAGGGGCUUUCAAAUGAGUAAAUUCUGCUCAUUUUUCACCUUGUCCAUCUCCAUCUUGCAAAUUAAGAGUUUGGAAGAACUCUUAAUUUCUUAAGGAGAAAAUGACUAAAACUGGCCAUCCCACUCUGGUGUUUUGCUUUAACAGUGAAAAACUGUGAUCUUAGUAAAUGAUUAACUGAGCCUUGUCCUCUUUUUGUCUGUUCCUUGCCUUUGUCUUGAUAGCCUCCUAUUCAAGUGGGAGGUUGUACUUGGGAACUUAAUUUGUAUGGCAUGAGGCAUUUCCUGAAUGUUGUGAACUGUCCUGAGAUCUAUGAGUAUAGGGCGGUACACAAACUUACCGUAUUUUUCGUUCUAUAGGACGCACAUUUCCCCCUCCAAAAACUAAGGGGAAAUGUGUGUGCGUCCUAUAGAGCGAAUGCAGGCUGCGCCGCUAAGCCCAAAGCCAGAACAGGAAGACGGAGCACUGCGGAGCGCUCCGUCUCGCUGUUCUGGCUUGAGAACAGCCUUGCUAGCUUCUGCAGGACAGCGGGGUGAAGGCACCCUGCUGCCCUGCAGAGGUUUGCGCGCAGCCCUCCCCAAGCUAGAGCAGCGAGACGGAGCACUCCAUCUCGCUGUUCGGGCUUGGGACCAGCCUUGCUAGCCUCUGCAGGACAGCGGGGUGAAGGCACCCCGCUGCCCUGCAGAGGUUCUGCGCGCAGCCGUCCCCAAGCUAGAGCAGCGAGACGGAGCCCUCCGUCUCGCUGUUCUGGCUUGGGAACAGCCUUGCUAGCUUCUGCAGGACAGCGGGGUGAAGGCACCCCGCUGCCCUGCAGAGGUUUGCGCGCAGCCCUCCCCAAGCUAGAGCAGCGAGACGGAGCAGCGCUUCCCCCCACUGCCAGCCCCACAAGCUCUGGUGAAUGUACCUUGAACGCACCUUGUUUUGGAGGGGGAGAACAAGAAAAAAAAUCUUUUCCCCUGUUCUCCCCCUCCUAUGAUCCGGUGCGUCCUAUGGUCCGGUGCGUCCAAUGGAGCGAAAAAUACGGUAAUAAAUAAUAUAAUGCCUUUAGGAUAGUUUUGAGAACAGGCUGGUACCAGGGUUCAAAAAUGGUUCAACGUGGAGGGUCUCCUGUCUUAGAAUUAAUGUCAACCGUCUCGUUUUGCCAUGGCCUAAUAAACCACAGAAAUAAGUUCAGAUUCACACCUUCUUAUAACUUAUUCAGAACAUUCCCAGUCCUAAUGAUCAGGAAAUAAAGAGCAUAUCCCCAUGGGCUUACCUUUGUCUUCUCCAUGCCAGUUCCAUCAUGGCAGAAAACUUGGGUGUUAGAAGGUAUGAUGAUAAUAUAUAUUGGAAGAUCAUUAAUUGUCUAAUUAGAAUGUGCAGUAUUGUAUCUGUAAAGUUUGUACCCAUUUACAAUUAGACAUGUUUCCUCUUUCACAUUCGCAUAGUAUUUCAGAUCCAGAAUACAUCGAUUUCAGCACCAUGACCACUUCUAUGUCCCAUGUUCGACGUCUGUCCACCCCAUCAUCUGUCACCAAACCUCCUAAGUUUGUAAUGACAACAAAGUGGCUUUGGUACUGGAAGAAUGACCUGGGCCAGUGGACUGAAUAUGGGACACAGGUCAGUAUGAAUUCUGUUUGUCUCUGGUAUUGUGCAGAAUGCCUGCUGCCAGGGUCUCUGGACCUCUUCAGACAUUACUUCUUGGAGAUAAAUCUCAAGCCCAUUAAGAGUCUCCAGUUUUUGCAAACAAUGAAGACAAAGUAACAUUUGAUCCAGGCUCCUAUUUGUUUGGUAUCAUAAGUGACCCCCCCCCAACAACUUAUGCAAAAAUGCUCCUUUGCACUAUAAUCCUAUGUCCCACUGUGCUUAACGGUUUCCUUCCCAACAAUAAGGUUUAGAAUUAUACAGCUGGGCUGUCAGUAUAUUCCAUUUGUUGUUGCAAGAUAUUUUUUAUUUGAGGAUUUCACUAUAAAAGCCCUGUGUGCAUCUAGGGCAGUUGUAUUUAAAUGAUCCCUACUUUCAUUUUAACAACACAGUAGAUUCUUUUCAUUGAAGAUAAGGUUCAAUUUAUAAAUUUAUUUUAUACACACACACACCCCUCUCUCUCUGGGAGGCUUCAUAAUCAAAGGUAAACAUGCAGGAGUAAGGUAUGAGGUUUAUGGAAAACCCAUACCACUUACGAGCUGUUCUGGAGGGAAUUUUGACAUUCCUGCACUUAGACCAUGGUAAGAAUUGCCAACAUUUGACACUCCUGAGCCCAAACCCCUUUCUCCGAUUAUUGCUGUUUCCCAUUUCCUGAUCUGCCAAAAUUGUGUCGCUUAAGAACAUAAGAGUCUGCUGGAAAAUAUACUUUUUAUGGGUGGCUGGAAAAAGCAAAGCUCUUGCGGUGUAAAUAGUCUUUUGCCUGCUAUCCAGCUGCAUCUGUGUUAAUGGAUGGGAGGCAGAGGCCUGAGGGCUGAAUGUGCUCCUCCUGGCCUCUUCUUCUUGGGACUCUGCCCAGGCCUCACUGGUCUUGCUUUGCACAUUCCUUGAGUGACUUUGAAUUCUGAUAAUCUUUCUUGCAUUCCUUGAUGGAGGGAGGAUACAGGGGUGGGGUACGUGUAGAAACUAUUCUACUGUACAAAGGUAAAAUUGAAUCCUCCUGUUUGCUCACUCUUGCCUCUGACUCUCAUCCACAAGUGGCAUAUAAUGCCCAGAAAGAAAUGCAGUUCUCUGGCUGAAACAGGUUCUCUACUCCUGAUGUAUUAUAGAAAUCAUAGAAUUGCAGAGUUGGAAAGGGUGGCUGAGAGUCAUUUUGUCCAACCCCCUGCAAUGCAGGAAUCUCAGCUGAAGCAUCCAUGACAGAUGGCCCCCCAACCUCUGCUUAAAAACCUCCAAGGAAGGAGAGUCCACCAUCUCUCCUGGGAGUCUGUUCCACUGCUGAACAGCUCUUACUAUCAGAAAGUUCUUCCUGAUGUUGAGUCGGUAUUUCCUUUUUUGUAAUUUGAAUGCAUUGGUUUGAGUCCUACUCUGCGGAGCGGGUGAAAACAAGCAUGCUCCUUCCUACAUGUGAUAGCCCUUUAGAUAUUUGAAGAUGACUACCAUAUCUCCUCCCAAUCUCCUCUUUUCCAGGCUAAACAUACCCAACUCCCUCAAUCAUUCCUCAUAAGGCUUGGUUUCCAAGUUCUAAAGUCAGUUUCAGUACUUUGAUUAAUUUUCAUUUGCACUAAUGUGCAUCCAGUAAGCUGUUUUAGCAGUGUUUGUAUUUGCAUGCCAGUGGUAUUACAUAAGCAUUUCAUUUUAAAUUGGGAAAACACUUGGCUGUGCUGAUCCUAAUGACUUUCAUGUGGCUUUACUUGUCACAUUUCACAUUUUUCCUUUACAGGGUGGACAACUCCAGGAAUCCAGUUUAGGUUCUGAUGAUUUGGAGAAUUUAUUUCUAGCAGUUCCAGAGGGCAGUGUCCAGUUCAAAGCUGGCUCCCAGCAAUACGAGAUCAGCUUUAAAGGUAUUGUAACUACAAUGGCCUGCAGUAUAUUCAAAGUUUCCCAGAAUUCCAUAGCAUCUAAGAGACUAACUCCACCUUUGUAUUCCAUCGUAACAUUUAAUGCCGACUAUGAAAAUACCCACUUAAAGCUUAGAAAUGAUACAUAAAGGAAGAAUUGCAAGGGUGCACAGAGAAUCUGCCAUUCUGCUCUCAAAUUCCCUUGGAGGUGUAAGACUUUUUAGUUGGCUUUUGGUGGCCAAAGAACAGCUGCUCGGCUUCACCCUUUACUGUUAGAAAAACAGAAAGUUGGCUUGUGUUCUCUGACUUGCUGAAUUAAAACAUGUGUCCUCUUUUUCAAGAUAUGAAACAGAGAAACUUGCAGUAUCAAACCCAGAGAGAGGUUCGGAGACGCCCCAAGUUUGUUUCCUCUGAAGAUGUAAAGACAAAGAAGGGGUAUAAAGUCAACAUUUUUAUCAAAUUUUGCUUUAAAAAGCAGACUAUCCAGCGUAUGAAAAUAUAUCUAUCUGUGCUUAUACCCCAGAGAGACUGAAUAAUUUCAUUACAUACUUUGGGAAAAUGUGCUGUCUUGUUUUUAGUUCCCUUAUGCUACCAUAGAGUGUUUGGCUUGUGUGGUUUCUGACCAUGGUGCCAGACGAUGAUUAGAGCCUAGUUUCUCAAACUAGGAUUUGGUAAGAUGUCCCUGGAAUGAGACAUGUGAGGUAAAUAAAGAACCCUGGAUGAGACAGGCUGCCCCCACACGACCACAAAUCCUUGUGUGUUGGCAUUGCACCUUCUCUCUCUCUCUCUCUCUCUUUCUCUCUCUGUCUCUCUCUCUUUCUCUCGCUUUUCUUUCUGUCUUUCUUUCUUCCUCCCUCCCUCCCUCCCUCAACUGCUUGACAUACAACACAACAUUCAGUAUGGGAAAUUUCCUAUAUACGGUGGUACCUCUGGAUGCGAACGGGAUCCGUUCCGGAGCCCCAUUCGCAUUCUGAAGCAAACGCAACCCGCGUCUGCACGUGUAUGAGCGGCAAAACCCAGAAGUAAUGCGUUCCGUUACUUCCGGGUCACUGCGGAGCGUAACCUGAAAACACUCAACCCGAAGCUACUUCAACCCGAGGUAUGACUUGUACAUGUAUUGAUGAGCAGGAGAAUCACCUGCAGCUAAAGACAAAAUGUAUUACUUGUGAUAAGUGAGUACAGUGGUACCUCUGGAUACGCACACCUCUGGUUGCAUAUCCUUCAGGAUGUGAACGUGGCAAACCCGGAAGUAUUUUUCCGGGUCUCACCCCGCACACAUGCACAGAAGUGCUCUACUGCGCCACACGCUUGCACAGAACAGGCACCUCUGGUUGCAAAUUCCUCGGGAUCCGACCGGAGCUCCGGAAUGGAUCCCGUGCGCAACUGGAGGUACCACUGUAUUGUGAAAAAGAGCAAUAUACAAAUCAAACAUAACGUCAACUGUCAUGUUUACAGAUAAAACAGUUUCUUAUUGCAAGUGGCAGCAGCCAUGAGGAGCUGCUGCAUUUAGAGAAAAAGAAGCUGCAGUCAAAUAUGUUCUCUCUCUUCCCUCCAGCCACACAAAUCAGGCUCCAGCGUCUACUCCAUUCACAGACUAUCCAAACACCUGGGAUAAAUCAGCACUACCUGCAAUUGGGUACAAGGUAACUGAUUUACUGCAGGAAAGGAUAUAAUUUUUCUAGGCUGACACUUGUACAUGUCAUUAAUGCGGUCUAUGUCUAGAAAGAAGAUAGUUACAUUUUUCUUUAGUAAAAUGACAAACGCAAACAUACACACUUGUGGGAUCUGAACUAACAGUGACUGACAAGGAGCAAGACCUUGUGUAGAGGAUUUCUUAGUGAAGAUUUCUGUCAGCUGAUCGGUGGGUGGGAGACUGGGAACCACUGAUAUAUUAAAUGAUAUUGUGUAUCACAUUAGGAUUUUCUAUAAUGUAUAACUGUUUAAUAAUAUAAUUUUUUUUUUUUAAAUUGAAGGCAGUCAGUUUUCUCUGGGGCCAUGGGAAUACCUUCAACACAUUGUGAUACCUUUCAUUUUAGGCUGUUGAAGUCAUCAAGACGUCUCCUGAAUAUACUAAGAUUGAGACUCUUUUUCAAAAGACAAUGAGCAAUUAUGCCAUCGAUAAACUAAAAAGAAUUCAGAAUCCGUCCCUUUGGCAAAUCUUCCAAUGGUUUGUUUCUAUUUUAUCACAUUAUCCUAGUCAACAGUGCAAACCAGAUGUUUAAUCACUGAUUAAUCACUGAAAAGCAGCAUAUGAUCAGGAGUUUUAAAGUAUUCCAACAAUUUCUCUCCCGCGUGGCUCAUUCAAAAUCUUCGUCUCUCAACUUGGGGAAUUAAAUUUUGAAUGGCAAACAGCAGAGGGGCGAAGCUUAAAACUUUAACUGCUUCUGUUCUUUUUAACUACAAUAGUCCAACUAUCGUCAGGUUGUUCAUGCACCUCAUGUGUACAACCUCGUUGGUGCUGAUAACUUUGCCUGCAUCAUAUGAAGUUUGGCAUGGACUCUUAAAUCUUAGCACCUUCACCUUCUUGGGUAAAAAAAAAAAAAAGCUUUGAGGACAAAACUGGAUAACUCACUAAUCCUGGUUCUAGACAUGGGCACACUGUAAACAACAAAACGUAACUCACUUGCUUUAGAGUAAAUGUAGUUCCAGUGCUGUGGUUCCCUAGAAGCAAGAAAAGCACAGAAUAUGGCAUAGAAUUCAGAAUCUGUUUCCACAAACAUUUGCCAUUUCAUUUCACGCAGUCUGACAUCAGUGCAUCCGUCAUGUGAGGUUAUUAACACAAUGCCUAUCAAGGACGUCUCUGGGCUGACACUUUCCUAGGUCAUGAUGGAGAUAAUAAUGCAGAUGAUAAUAACAGUGCAGGGUGGGGGGUUGUAAACUGUACCAUAAAUGCUAAUCUUUUCAUAUUGCUGGCAGAAUGAAACACAUAUGUGAAAGUGUCAUUGUAUUACAGUCAAGAAUUUAUGGGGGAGACAGUUGUUGUGUAAAAAAUAAAUGAACAAAGUACUGUCUACUCUCAUCGUGAUAGCUCAGUACUGAGCUCUUACCUAUGCUCAGGUGGACUUCCUUGGCGCUUUCCAUUUGUUCUGGUUAUCUCCCCUACUAAACUGGUGAAGAUGGCCCUGAGGAGCGAUUACUGCUUGACUCAUCUACCUUUCGCAGAGAGACCAGGGCAUUGAUAGAAACUGGCCAGCUGGAAACUCCCAGAGUGUUUAGGAAUCCUUCAAAUCUCAUUUGAUCCAAAUUCAUGGGGCAGAUUUGGCCCAUCACUCCAGCAGAGGGCAAUGGUUGCUGCCUGCCUAAACGUCAACAGGAAGUGAGAAACGUUUGUUUCAUUCUAGGCAAAAAGAACAGAUGAAGAAGAAAAAUGGGGGAAAGACAGUGGAUGAGAGACUUCUGUUCCAUGGGACUAAUCCUUCUAGCUUGGAGGCCAUCUGCAGUGACAACUUUGAUUGGAGAAUCUGUGGAACCAAUGGAACAGCCUAUGGAAAAGGUAUGUAGAGUGCUAAAUAAGAUACCAGCAAGCUCACUGUAGAAGCCUGCUAAAAACGGAAAUUAAAAAGCUUCAGGAGUUUCCAGGGAAGAGAGAGAUAAACAAGGGUAUUUCCCAUUUGAAAGGAUGUUUUUUAGAUCAAUGAUGAUUUCCCUUAGGGAUCUGUUCCUGUCUGUGAUGUGAAAGUUGAGGAAAUUAAAAUCUGAAAGAGCAGAUUUUGGAGUUGUGAUGGCCAGGUAUGAUUAAAAACCUGUCAACGUACAGUUCACCCUCCACCCCAAAAACAGAGAGGAGAGUGAUGCGAGUGCUGACUUCACCUCUCUUCCAAUUUAACUCCCUUUCAUCAGCGGUGGCUGGGAGCCCUGUGACCUGUUCAGGUGGCAUGGCAAAGCAGGUGGCUGAGCCAUCCCUCUCCUGAGCCCUGGGCAAUGAUCAGGAAUGUUAGGGCCUGUAGCUGAGCAACAUCUGGCGCCACCUGGUGUGAAGUCCCAUUGGUUUCAGGGGCACUUAGCACACACCAGUCUUUCUCACUGAAACAAGUGGGUUUUAAAAGGGCUUAAAUUAUGAGUUCAGUGUGCCCUAUUGUUGGUUUUAAAAUAUGAUAUGAUAGGAUAUAUUAUUACAUUACAUUAUAAUUUAUACCCCACCUUUUCCCCUGACAGGGAUUCUUAGUGGCUUACAGAUAAAAAUAAGAACAGCUAAAAGCCUAGGGAGGGAAACAAUUAGGCACUGAAAGAUUUCUUUCCCUCCCCCCCCCCCAAUAUAUUAAAACUAUACAAGUAAUUACUAUAAAAACAGCAUAGCACCAGCCCUUCCUAGAAGAAGAUUCAAAUCCUGUAAGCUCUUACAUAGGAGUAAGUUGCUCUGAGAAGACAUGUAGAGUUGCACAAGACAGGUCCCUGCCCAGAGACGUUUACACUCUAAAAUGUAACAAGAGACAGUUGAGGGUUGUACUGUUCAUCUUCUUUCCAUCCAGCUUGCAUGUUUCAGCCUUGGCCCAGUCAUUGUUUGUCUGCCUCACCUCCUUGACAUGGAUGUUGUGAGGAUGCAGUGGGAGAGCGUCCUGUUUUGGCACACUCAGUUCCUUGUCGAAAGGACAACAUACUGAUGUGAUAAGUCACACUUUGGGAUAAGCUGCCAUUGUGGUGGAGAGACGAUUGGUUCUUAUCUCUGUUCAACCAUGAGACUGAUGAGCUGCCCUUGGGACAGCCAUUGUUUAGUCUCCCAGCCUACAUCAAAGGACUGGUGGUGUGAGGUGCCUUGAAACAAAUGCAGGAUUUAAACGAGAGUCACCUCAUUUUUAUAUAGUUUGAUUUUACUAUUUUUCAUAGUUUGAUCUCAUCCUCUAUAAAAUAAAAUCAGUCAGAUGCAGAACUAGAAUAGUGGGCUGCAUGUGAGGCAAAUCAGUUAAUGGACCGUUCACACUUAGUAUUCCAAUGGAUACUUCAGGGAACUGUAUGUUGGAAAGUGCCGCCUAUCAAUCAGACGUGGGUUUCAUAGCUUUUAUGUGAGAAAAAACCAUAGUCUGUUCAAGGCUCUGACUGACACAGACUUGUUCUACCACCUCAUGCUCCAUCUUAUGGUAAAGAAGGGAUUCUUUUUAAAUGUCCCCUAGUGAGUUGAUUGGUAAUCACAGUCCCCAACAGUGGUGUAAAGGAAGGAUUUCUUUAACAAGCUCAUCGUUGCACUUCACAAUGCCUUUCAAAAAUACUUUUUUAGUAUCCUAUCCUUCCAAGAAGCCAGGUGGCUGUACAUUUUUAAAAAAAUAAAAUUUAUACACCGCUUGAUUGUAAAAGGCCUGAAAAUGUUUUACUAAAAAUAAAACUGUAAAAUCAAGAAAAAAUCACAACCAUACUAUAAAAUAUGCAAAAGUUAAAAUACUAGAACAGAUUUAAAUUACCUGAACUUUCUAAGCAUCUGGGUAGGUUUGUCUAAACAAGAAAGCUUUUUAGCAGGCCCUGAAAAAAGUGCCCAAUAGGCAACCAUGCUCUUAUCAGUGCAGAAUGAGCACUAUGUGGCACCUGUAGUAAUGCCAGUUUCACCUCAAGAAGCCAUUGAGUGGGCAGGUAUGGGUGAGGCAAGCUCAUAGGUAGUCUAGUCCCAAGUUGUUAAGGGCUUUAUAUACUAAGAGCAACACCUUGAACUUGGCCCAGUAGCAAAGUGGCCAGCAGCACAGAUCUCUGAGCACAGGGCUUAGAUGCUGACAAGGUCUCCUCCUACCAGCAGUCGUGCUUCUGCUUCUGCGUCACGUCCAGGGCAGUUCAGCCAUCCAGCCUUGAAGUAACCAGUGAGCUACUGCGGCAGGUACAUGGCUGCUAGCCAUUUGGAUCCUCGCUACAACUGUGGAGUAAGUGUGACUGGCCGACCCCUGGUCCUUUAGUGAGCUUCCUGGAAGAGUGAGAAUUUCAACCUAGGCCAGCACAAAAUCUGCUCAUUCGGCCGCAGGAUUGGGUUGGAUCUGUCAGUAUAUUGAGUUAUGGAAGGGACUCACUCAGCACUUCAUGCGAUGAUUUCCCUCAUAUUAAAAUAUAGCACAUAAUGCUCAGAUAUUUUACUAUACAGUUGCCAUUGACCAUGGACUGGCCCAGCUGACUAAUUUCAACUAGUAUUUUUAUUCACUUUAUUUAAAAUGGGUGAUAAUCUAACAUUAGUUGUACUCGGAAUAGACCCAUGGAAACCAAAGGAAUCAAAUAACUUCAUUGUUUUCAUUCUUUGAGACAGAGCCAUAGCUAGGUGAUCUUGCGCCCCUGGCAGAACCAUCCAGAUUGCGCCCCCAGCCAGGGACAAAUUAUCUCUUCUUUCUGCCUCUCCUCCAACCCCCCCCCCCCCCUAUUCAAUUCACCCUCUAUUUCAAACCUUUUCCUAUGAAGCAAUAAUAAAUAUUUUUAUUUAUGGACAUAUUUUUGGCUGAUUUUGCACCUCCGUCCCUGGCGGGGACCCACCUCACACACACCCUAGCUAUGGCCCUGACUGGGAAUGGAUCUACUCUGAGUAUGGCUUGUUUAGAUAUCACCUUAUUUUAUAUACCAUCUCAAACCAUAUCAAGGCAGCUUACAAAUCUAUUAAUUCAAUGUUAAAAUAUUUAUUAAAAUCUGGGGACUAUUACUGCAUGGAGUACCAAGUACUUCUAGUGUCUAUGUUUUUAAUUGCUCCACACAGGGAAAGCUUUCAUUUAACUUCCUUUUGGUUUUAACUUUUUCCCAAAGACUUAUCAAAAACGCUUGUGGUUUGAAAUGUCUUCAGCCGCAUAAAGUGUCAGCUGUCCAAACCUGUGUCAGCUCUGUUAACAGCACUCAACUGUAUGUGUAUGGAAUUAACAUUUUGAACCCCUGCCCCUUGCUUCUUCCUAGGAAGCUACUUUGCCAGAGAUGCAUCCUAUUCCCACCACUACUGUCCACGGGAUGCAAAGGUGAAGGCAAUGUUUGUAGCUCAGGUUCUGGUCGGUGAUUUUGUUGUGGGGAAUGCAGCGUAUACUCGUCCCCCAGAAAAAUCCAGUGGCAUGAUCAACUGUUAUGACAGCUGCGUGAAUGAUGUGGCAGACCCAUCAAUUUUUGUCAUAUUUGAGAAGCCUCAGAUUUAUCCUGCAUAUCUGAUCUGUUAUCGUGAAGACAGACCGUCAGGCUAUGUAACCAUAGCAAGAGGAACGACCUCCAGGAGGAGCAGCACCCAAGUGUAUCUGCAGCAGCAGCACCUGUGGGUGCCUUCAUCUCCGCCGGCUGCAACAAAUUAUGUCCCUCCCGUGUCGGUUGCCACAGCCACAGCACGCGCUGCAACUUCCACUUUCACUCCCACCUACCUCCCGAGACAGAUGGCUGCCAACAACAACAACAACAAAGAAGAAGAAAAGAAAUGUGUUAUAUCAUAGACAACUAGAUGGCAUUUUCAUUGCUGUUAUGUAUAAUUUACGUACUGAAGUCUUGUUUUGUAAUGAAUCAGAUUUUGGGGAAGCAAUAGGUCUCUUCGGAUAAGUAAGAAAUGUUGAAUCAUUGCUGUAGGAAGACAGGAAUCAGAUACUCAGUUUGUAUCAAGUAGCAGUGUUAAAAUACACUGCAUGAAGGUUUUACGGAAGCAAUAGAUCUCUUCAGAUAAGAAAUGCUGAAUCAUUGCUCUUGAGGAAGAUAGGAAUUGGAUAUUCAGUUUUUAUCAGUUGUCAGUGCUAAAGGACACUGCAUGGAGAAAAAUGGAUAACUGAAUAGUCCAUUAUAGACGAAGCUGUAAAAUUGCAGCAUUUUAAAUGUAUAUUACUGGUUUCAUAUGUUAAAUAAAAUAAGUUUAAAGCCAUUGGAAUGCUUAGAUUUCAAUGUCUUACGAUCUUUUAUGGAUAAUGUUUCAUAUGUCAAAUAUGGUAGGACACACUGAUACAUUAUUUUCUGUCCUACUAGAUUAAUAUUAAUCUGCGUUGUACCAGGGAUAUAUUCCGAAUGGUUGUAUCAAAAGAUAUUCCUGUGCAUUACGGCACAGUACAACCUCCUGUCAAGCGUAAGACUUGGCUGGUUGCGAUACUCUUUAUUUCAUUGGCCUAAGCUGUGAAAAUUAAUAAGCGGUUUUGGAUGGCAAAAGGUUUCUUCCCUUUAGUAUUUUAGCUGAGCAAUAUUAUUACGUGCCUUUGAUUGAUACACAUAAUUAUACAUGAAAAAUAGUUUCCUAUUAAUUAGCACAGCAGAAGACUUUUGACAUGAAACUUCUUGUCCAAAGGUGCUCAGCAACUUAGCUUCAGUGCACAACCCUGAUAGCAUGCAUAAAAAAGACUAUACUUGGUUUUUGAUUUUAAUAAAAUUACUUGAAAUUUUA